GUCUGAGUUCCCUGCAGCUGCACCUCACUGAUUUCAUUUGUAUCCCACAGUCCUGACUAGGAGACCCCCCAAACCAAGACCAUACAGGGGGACUCCCUUCAGGCAAACACUGGUGUUGGGAUUUUCAUGUUCAUAUUAAGCCCUCUGCAAACACUCCACAGGGCUCUCAUCUCAUUAUUGCCUGCUUCUUGUGACCAUCAAAACGGCUGUAUGCAUUUUGGCUGCUCUGAGCAGAUCAAAUCCGGGUCCUUUCACCAUGUACAGCCUUUGUGAAUCAUACAGGCACCUCAUGAACAUCAAAACAGGCCCGUUCCCCCCCUACACGGUCAUGAAACUUUCUGUUUCCAGUGAUGACACAUGACACAAACUUAAAUGUCAAAGUGAGGGAGUGUUGUUUAGUGGUUAGACCAGGAGGCUGGAUAUGAGGCAAUCUGGUGGUUAUUCCCAACUGCCACGGACUUGCUCUGUGACACUGGGAUCUUCUUUGUCUCAGGUUAAGGACGUUUACAUGAUAAAAAACCCCCGCAGCUUGCAGGAAUAAGAAACUGGACAAAAAAAUUAUGUUCAAGAUGUUUAAGAGUGAUGUUGCUGACAAGCAGUUUAGCCUGGAAACUGCAAUUAAAAAUAUUGAUAAAAUGUCCAGUGAGUUGAAGAAACUAAAUGUGAAAAGCCAACUGCUGCUCUGUGACCUUACUUUGAACUUCAGUCAUCCUGUGAAGACCACAGUUUCAAGGGAGGUAGAAGAAAAGAAAACAGAUUUUGAGGAAUUACAUAAUUCCAUCAAGUUCCAUGCUGAUGCUUCCAUUAACAAUUCUUCUCUUUGAGCCAUUAAAAUUUCAGCAUGGUUUUCUGCUCUGGUUGAAACUUUUAUAAUAUGACAUUUUGUGUUAUCAGAGUAUGAAAAGUAGUAUCUGAAGAAUGUAUCAAUAUGUGAAAAACAAAUAUUUUGAAUAACUCAGAAACAACUAAAAUAAUAAAAAGGCAAAUAAUUGGUCCAUAGUCUCUACAUUUUCCAAAAUCCCCCUUUUUAUUAAACAGCUGAGUUUGCUGAGAACAGUGACAUGGGAAACUAGAUGGCUCAGGAAAUUGUUUAUGGGACAUGACGUCUUUCAUGUCAAGUUAACUGAUCUGAAUCAAGACCAACUGGUAACAAUUAGAAGUGUUUACUACCAGCUAGAUCAUUGUUUCCCAACUGGCAAAGGUGGUGCUAAACCCAGAUGAGCUCAAGGGCAAGAAAACAGCACUGGGAGGGAAGAAAAUGGCAUGACCCUCAAUUUGUCCCACUGUCUUCCUCCUACAAACCUAUAGCUAUGAGUAAAAUAGCAGGUGACUUCUUGAAAGCCAUUCCUCUGCAUGUAGUGACCCCCUAAUGCAGCCAGCUACAAGAUACUAACGGAGGGGUAAGGCUGACAAACUUAGAUGCAAGACUCAAACCACGCACUUGCCAGAAAAUGGAAUUAAAUAUAAGAUAGGCAAA